CAGGUUGCUCUGCAAAGAUCAUGCAAAAAGAUCCCGACGCGCUCCUCCACGCCCUGUCCCGGCAGCCGCUCAGCGCGGAGCCUCUGGCUUGGCCUCGCCACCAGGGCGACGUCCAGGUGACGGUGAGGAGGCCCAGAUCCCGAGCUGGGGACUUCGCUGCUCCCAGGGCUGCGCUGAGGAAGACCUUGGUGGCUGUGGAUGUCGUGUGCCUGCUCGUGGCUUCCAUCCCGUUCUUCAUCUGCGAGGUUGGCCUUGUUUCCCCUAUGCGCCGCGGCUUCUUCUGCAACGACAGCAGCAUCAGGUACCCGCUGCAGCGGGCUGAGACCGUCAGCGACUCUGUGCUCAUCUCCGUGGGAAUCCUCAUUGCCUGUCUAGUGAUCACCCUGGGUGAAAGCUGCCGUGUGUACAGCCUGCCCCACAGCUCACGCUCCAUAGUCUCCAACCGUUACGUGGCUGCCCUCUACAAGGAGAUUGGGGCCUUCCUCUUUGGCUGCACUGUGGGCCAGUCACUAACCAACAUGGCCAAGGUUGCUGUGGGCCGCCUCCGUCCACACUUCCUGGCCGCCUGCAGGCCUGACUUUGCUCACAUCAACUGCUCUGCUGGAUACCUGGAGGACUACAUCUGCACUGGUGGCCCCUCAGAGGAGAAAGAAGCUAGGAAGUCAUUCUACUCCGGCCACGCCUCCUUUGCCAUGUAUACCAUGAUGUACCUGGUGUUUUACUUGCAGGCCCGCUUCACGUGGCGGGGAGCUCGACUGCUGCGUCCAUUGGUCCAGUUUGUGCUGCUGAUGCUUGCAUUGUACACAGGACUGACCCGCAUCUCUGACUACCGGCACCAUCCGUCGGAUGUGGUUGUGGGGCUGCUGCAAGGGGCACUUGUGGCUUGCUGGGUGGCCUUCCAUGUAUCCAGCAUGUUUCACUGCAAGCACCAGCCUCGCCACCUGCCGCCAGUCGCCUUGGACACUCCCAGUUCAGACUGCCACACCGAUUGCUAGGGCAUGUUCGCUGGGGGUCAGAGACGCACUCUUGUCUGGCUGACUACAGGAGCCUUGAACUGUUUGCGCUAGUUGCUUGGCACUUCGCUGCCCACAUCGGCGCCAGUUGGGGCAGCCACUGCCUUGCCACCUGCUAGGGGCCACUAAGGAGCUUUUGCUCACUGCCAUGCCAACAUCCACUGCUGCACCAGCUGCUGGGAGCACCAAGAAGAGGGAAAGGCUGUUAGGGCACCUCUGUGCCAGAGAUCCCUUUGUCUUCCCAAUGAUGGACAGGGCACUCUUGUUUUCCCUUUGGGUUUGUACACUUGAGACCACUCCUUUAUGAACUUUCCCUCUAUCAAAGGAUCCAUCACCGCUGCCACUUUGGGUUUCCUUUUAGAUGAUAUUCUCAAGAGAAGGAAAUCCCCCAUCUUAUUUUAACAGGAAGAUCUGCCCUUCCUCCUCUCUAGUACUGGGAUGAUCUCACCCUUGAAACAUUAUGCACUCGGGCUGGUGGCUCCUUGAGAAUCCAGUCUCUGCUGCGCUAGUGAUGUCUCUCAGCUGCUUGAAAGGCCAAGCGAUGUGUCUUGCAGAAGCAUAUUCAUGAAGGAAUGAACCACAGGCUUGGGAGGUGGAGUUGGGAGGAAAGUGCCUGGAAAAUCGUGGAGGACCUGCAAGUUCAUACCAGGGCACCCUGAUGCUGCCAGAUACCUCCCACCCUCCACCCCACCCAACGCUUCCACUCCCCAUAAUGUGAAACGUGUUGUGUUUUUUUGUAAUAAAUGGUACUGACAAUCA